AUGCAUAUGCUCAAGACAGAGUUUUUACCUUCUCAGGUGACCAUUGUCGAAAAAGCUGAUAGCUCCAGUGUCUUGCCCAGCCCUUUGUCCAUAAGCACCAAGAAAAUGACCUUCCUGUUUGCCAACCUAAAAGACCGUGAUUUGGUUCAGAGGAUCUCUGACUUCCUUCAGAAAACAUCACCCAAGCAGCUGGGCAGCAGCAGUGGGAGCAGGAAAUCUAGCACAGUGGAUUCGGCCCCAGAGUCUUCCCCAGCAUCCCAUGAGGCAUUGGAAGAGCCGGCCAGUUUGUCCUCACCCUUCAGUGGCCGCCAGAUCUCCCGUGCACAGGAGGCACCAACCGCUUCCAAGGGCCUGCUUAAACUCUUCCAGGGCAACACGUACAUGGAGGAGCUGGGAGCCAAGGGGGCCAAGGAGAAGAUGAAAGAGGAGUCAUGGAACAUCCACUUCUUUGAAUACGGGCGCGGCAUGUGCAUGUACCGCACUGCCAAAACGCGGGAGCUGGUGCUGAAGGGCAUUCCUGAGAGCCUCCGCGGGGAACUGUGGCUCCUCUUCUCAGGGGCCUGGAAUGAGAUGGUGACCCAUCCCAGCUACUAUGCUAAUCUGGUAGAGAAGUCCAUGGGGAAGUACAGCCUGGCCACAGAGGAGAUCGAGCGAGACCUCCACCGCUCCAUGCCCGAGCACCCUGCCUUCCAGAAUGAGCUGGGGAUUGCUGCACUCCGGCGGGUGCUGACUGCCUAUGCUUUCCGAAACCCCACCAUUGGCUACUGCCAGGCCAUGAACAUCGUCACCUCAGUGCUCCUGCUCUAUGGCAGCGAGGAGGAGGCCUUCUGGCUGCUGGUGGCUCUCUGCGAGCGCAUGCUGCCUGACUACUACAAUACCAGGGUGGUAGGGGCCCUGGUGGACCAAGGCAUCUUUGAAGAGCUUACAAGGGACUUUCUACCCCAGCUCUCUGAGAAGAUGCAGGACCUGGGGGUCAUCUCCAGCAUCUCACUUUCCUGGUUCCUGACCCUAUUCCUCAGCGUCAUGCCCUUUGAGAGUGCCGUGGUCAUCGUUGACUGCUUCUUCUAUGAGGGCAUCAAGGUGAUCCUACAAGUGGCCUUGGCCAUCUUGGAUGCCAACAAGGAGGAGCUGCUGGCCUGUGUGGACGAGGGCGAGGCCAUGACCAUCCUGGGCAGAUACCUGGAUAACGUGGUCAAUAAACAGAGUGUCUCUCCUCCCAUCCCACACCUCCAUGCCCUGCUGACCAGCAGGGAUACCCCCCCUGCAGAAGUGGACAUCUUUGACCUCCUAAAGGUGUCAUACGAGAAAUUUAGCAGCCUACGUGCUGAUGACAUCGAACAGAUGCGGUUUAAACAGAGGCUGAAAGUGAUCCAGUCCUUGGAGGAUACAGCCAAGAGGAGUGUGGUCCGAGCUAUACCUGGAGACAUUGGUUUCUCAAUUGAAGAGCUGGAAGACCUUUACAUGGUGUUUAAGGCCAAGCAUCUGGCAAGUCAGUACUGGGGUAGCAGCCGCCCCACAGCUGGGCGUCGGGACCCCAGCUUGCCCUACCUAGAACAGUACCGCAUAGACGCCAGCCAGUUCCGGGAUCUUUUCGCCAGCCUGACACCUUGGGCCUGUGGCUCCCACACAUCUGUGCUGGCAGGACGAAUGUUCCGGCUCCUGGAUGAAAACAAGGACUCGCUGAUCAACUUCAAAGAGUUCGUGACAGGGAUCAGUGGGCUGUACCAUGGGGACCUGACAGAGAAGCUCAAGGCACUCUACAAGCUACACCUGCCCCCAGCGCUGAGUCCAGAGGAGACUGAGUCUGCCCUGGAAGCCACCCAUUUUUUCACUGAGGACAGCUCCUCAGAAGCAUCUCCCCUGGCCUCAGAUCUGGAUCUUUUCCUGCCUUGGGAGGCUCAAGAAGCACUACGGCAGGAAGAACAAGGUGGAGCUGGCAACGAGGACGUCCGAGACAAAAGAGAAGAGGAAAAGGGGACCAGCCCCCCUGACUAUCGACACUACCUUCGAAUGUGGGCCAAGGAGAAAGAGGUUCAGAAGGAGACAAUCAAGGAUCUUCCCAAGAUGAACCAGGAGCAGUUCAUUGAGCUGUGCAAGACACUGUACAACAUGUUCAGUGAAGACCCCAUGGAGCAGGAGCUGUACCACGCCAUUGCCACGGUGGCCAGCCUGUUGCUCCGCAUCGGCGAGGUGGGGAAGAGGUUUUCGGUACGGCCAGGCAGGAAGCCCAGGAAUGGUGCCCCUGAGGAGGAUGAAGCGCCAACCCCCAACCCCGCUUAUGACCCAGCCCUGGAGCUUCAGCCAUCAGCCGCAGGGGAUCCCCAGGCCAAAGCUGGGGGUGAUACCUACCUUGGGAAGACACCACAGGAAAGCCAGGUGGUGGGUGAAGGGGGCAGCGGCGAGGGGCAGGGAUCCCCCUCCCAGCUUCUGUCUGACGACGAAACCAAAGAUGACAUGUCCAUGUCCUCCUACUCGGUGGUCAGCACAGGCUCUCUGCAGUGCGAGGACCUGGCAGAUGACACAGUGCUGGUGGGUGGGGAGGCUCGCAGUCCUGAGGCCACUGCUCGCUGUGGGGGCACCGUGGACACAGACUGGUGCAUCUCCUUUGAGCAGAUCCUGGCCUCCAUCCUAACGGAGUCCGUGCUGGUGAACUUCUUUGAGAAGAAGGUGGACAUUGGACUCAAGAUCAAGGCAAAGAAGGUGGAGAGGCAGUUCAGCGCCUCCAGUGACCACGAGCAGUCAGGGCUUUCAGGCUGAUGCCUCCACUGAAUGGGGACUCGCUUCUCUCUCCUCGCUCCCACCCUUCCUUCCUGUCUCUUUUCUCCCAGUGUCCCCAGAAACAAUGAGCUGUUAAGUGGAAGAAAGUUUGAGCAGUUGCAGGUAGGGCCCAGGCAGAGUCUCCCUCGUCCUUCAUGUACCGGCCCUUGCAUGGUGUCCAAGGCUCUCUUGGCUCUGCCCCCUGCUUGCCCACUGCCUCUGUGCCUCACGUGUGGCCAAGCCAAACCCUGUUCUCCACCCACCAGUGUGGAGGAGCCAGGUAGUGCUCCGGGGAGCCCCUUCUGCCACUGGCACCAGGUGGGAGGGUUACGAGCCUGUUGGGCACCGGUGUUGGGACCUUUAAGGUAUCUCCAGGAACUCCUAGGCUGGCGCUCCCAGCUAAGGGACACAGGCGGGAGCCAUGCAGGUAUUACUCAAAAUCUUCUUUCAGCUUCUCCUCCUCACCAUUAACCUUAAAGGUAAAUCCCUCAGGUCCUGAUAGAUUUCCUUGUAUUCAGUUCAGUUGGCUAAAAAUGACACUGUGCUCAAUGCCUUAAUAAAUCCCUGAAGGAACUAAAGCUACUGUGUACAACCUUAAUGUGACCUUCCAUAGCCUGAGGCCCGUGGCUUCUCCCCAGUCAGGUAUAGGGCCCAGGUUGUGUGCUUGAGGUUCCAGACUCUCAGUCCCUCGUGGGGGGUGUUCAAGGCCACCAGGGAGGACAGUCACAAGGGAAGUGCUGAUGCAGGCAGGCAGGGCCUGUGCUGACCUGUGCUGGCAGGGGAAGCCCCAGCCUGCUCCAUAGGUCUAAGCGGCGUGGUUCUGGGCACAGCAAGUGUGUGCUCGGGCCUGGGCCACAGCCAGCAUGGGAGAUCAGGGGGCAGACUGUAGGGCCAUAGGCAGUGGCCUUGCAGCAGGAGUCACUAGUUGGUAUCCAGUGUCUGCUCCCCACACAGGGCUGCUCCUGCCUUUUA